ACACGGCCUGGAUCACAGUCUCCAUCUGGGCCAAGAUGUACGCGGAUUUCAACACAACGGGCAAUUCCAACAACGAUGUGUCUAUUAUCUUCCUGACUGAGGCACCUCCUCUGAGCAGGUACAUCAAACCAGUGGCGUUACCUUCCCUCCUCGACGUCAAUGACUCCUUCGUGGGACGACCAGCUCUGAUCAGCGGCUGGGGAAUGACUGUUGUCAAUUCAACCACUCAAGAGACUCUUCAAUGGACUACGGUGUAUGUCAUCUCCAAUAUAAAAUGCAAGAAGUACUUCAAACCUGGUAUCAUUGUUGAAAGUAUGUUGUGUGCCCAUGACGUCGACACAAGUGCAUGCUUUGGCGACAGCGGAAGUGCACUUGUUGUAAAUACCGGAGGAAGUUACAAGCAGAUCGGCAUCGUUAGCUUUGGUCCCGAGUGUUGCGACCCACGAAUACCGACCGCCUACACCAGAGUGACGUCCUUCCUCGAGUGGAUCACCACGACCUGCGAAAUGGCAAAAUGAGAAACUAAUAUUUUCUGUGACACAGUUCAAAUGUGACGCCAUCUGCUGCAAUGGUAGUUUCUUUGAACUGCGAGAGCCAGUAGUGAAACUGCCUUACUUGUGUGAACUGCACGUCCAGGGCAUGGACAGACUCAGUCCAUUCUGUUAGUUCAAAAGGUUAGAGCGAAAUAAAGUUAAUCAAACCGGAAAUAAAAAACGACUACUUGCAAA